AUGGACGCAGCGGCGGAGGUGGACCACCUCGCGGGCGAGAGGGCCGCCGCGCGCUUCGACGUCGAGGCGAUGAAGGUUGCGUGGGCUGGCUCGCGACACGCCGUCGAAGUCGGCGACCGCAUGGCCCGACUCGUCGCGUCCGACCCUGUCUUCCGCAAGGAUAACAGGACCAUGCUCUCCAGGAAGGACUUGUUUAAGGACACUCUAAGAAAGGCAGCCCACGCAUGGAAGCGUAUUGUCGAACUACGACUUACAGAGGAGGAAGCAGGUAUGCUGAGGCUAUACGUAGAUCAGCCUGGUUAUGUUGAUCUGCAUUGGGGCAUGUUUGUUCCUGCUAUAAAAGGUCAAGGUACUGAGGAGCAACAGAAGAAGUGGUUGCCUAUGGCUUACAAGUUCCAAAUAAUUGGGUGCUAUGCUCAGACUGAACUUGGUCACGGCUCAAACGUUCAGGGCCUUGAAACAACUGCUACAUUUGAUCCAAAGACUGAUGAGUUUGUCAUCCACAGUCCAACUCUGACCUCCAGCAAAUGGUGGCCUGGUGGCUUGGGGAAAGCUUCCACCCAUGCAGUGGUGUAUGCUCGGCUGAUAACUGAAGGAAAGGACUAUGGUAUACAUGGUUUCAUUGUUCAACUGCGAAGCUUAGAGGAUCACUCCCCGCUUCCUGGUGUUACCCUGGGUGAUAUUGGUGGAAAAUUUGGUAGCGGUGCAUAUAACAGUAUGGACAAUGGUGUUCUGCGAUUUGACCAUGUGCGCAUACCAAGGGAUCAAAUGUUGAUGAGGCUUUCACAAGUUACUAGGGAGGGGAAAUAUGUUAAUUCAGAUGUCCCAAAGCAGCUGCUUUAUGGGACAAUGGUUUUUGUUCGUCAGACAAUAGUCGCGGAUGCUUCUAAGGCUUUGUCCCGUGCUGUUUGCAUUGCUGUACGAUACAGUGCCAUCCGAAAGCAGUUUGGCUCUCAAGAUGGUGGCCCUGAGACUAAGGUCCUUGAUUACAAGACUCAACAAAGCAGACUCUUUCCAUUGCUGGCUUCAGCAUAUGCAUUUAGAUUCGUGGGUGACUGGCUCAAGUGGCUAUACAUGGAUGUCACUCAGAAACUGGAAGCUAAAGACUACUCAACACUGCAAGAAGCCCAUGCCUGUACUGCUGGUUUGAAGGCUGUGACGACAUCUGCAACAGCUGAUGCCAUUGAAGAAUGCAGAAAGCUCUGUGGUGGACAUGGUUACUUGAACAGCAGUGGGCUUCCUGAAUUGUUUGCUGUCUAUGUUCCUGCUUGCACUUAUGAAGGAGACAAUAUUGUUCUGCUUUUGCAGGUUGCAAGGAUUCUAAUGAAGACUGUAUCUCAAUUGGCAUCUGGAAAACAACCUGUUGGUACAAUGGCUUACAUGGGCAAUGUACAAUAUCUGAUGCAAUGCAAAUGUGCUGUUAACACAGCCGAAGACUGGCUUAACCCUGUUGCCAUACAAGAGGCGUUUGAAGCCAGGGCUCUCAGGAUGGCAGUAAACUGUGCCCAGAACAUAGGCCAAGCAGCAAGCCAAGAAGAAGGUUUCUAUGAGCGGUCCCCAGAUUUGCUAGAGGCUGCAGUAGCUCACAUCCAGUUGAUCAUUGUAACCAAGUUCAUUGCAAAGGUACAGCAGGACAUUCCUGGACAUGGAGUGAAGGAACAGCUCCAGAACCUUUGCAAUGUUUAUGCCCUCUACAUUCUUCACAAGCACCUGGGCGACUUCCUGGCAACUGGGUGCAUCACACCGAAGCAGGGAGCCUUGGCAAAUGAGCAGCUGGGCAAGCUUUACGCACAGGUGCGUCCAAAUGCUGUUGUGCUGGUGGAUGCAUUCAACUACACAGACCACUACCUGGGGUCGGUGCUGGGGCGGUAUGACGGGAAUGUGUACCCGGCACUGUAUGAGGAGGCUUGGAAGGACCCUUUGAAUGAGACGGUGGUGCCUGAGGGGUACCAUGAGUACCUCCGCCCCUUGCUCAAGCAGCAGCUCAAGCUGUCCAGGCUCUGA